AUGUGCAGCUCCCGUCCCGAGGUCAUGAACGUUACGCGCGCGGUUGAAGUGAGUCUUCUGACUAAUCCGCUCAACAUCCUGCCGAAUGCGGACGGUCCCCACAGUCCCUUCCCCGCGGCAAACAACCAGAGCUUCAGUGACAUCUUCACGACACCUCCAGCCAAGAUGACUACCCUCAAGGCCGGUGACAGCUUCCCUAGCGACGUUGUCUUCUCCUACAUCCCCUACUCCGAGGAGUCCAGUGAAAUUACCGCCUGCGGUAUUCCUGUUAGCUACAAUGCCUCCAAAGAGUGGGCUGAUAAGAAGGUCGUCCUCUUCUCCGUGCCUGGCGCCUUCACUCCUACCUGCUCAUUGAGCCACUUGCCAGGAUAUAUUCAGAACCUCCCUCAGCUCAAAGCAAAGGGAGUCGAUAUCGUCGCCGUUCUGGCCUUCAACGACGCCUGGGUCAUGAGCGCCUGGGGAAAGGCCAACAAGGUCACCGACAAAGAUUUUCUCUUUUUGUCCGACCCUGAUGCAAAAUUCUCCAAGAGCAUCGGCUGGGCCGAUCCUGUCUCUGGUCGCACUGGUCGUUAUGCCAUGGUCAUUGACCACGGUAAGGUCACAUAUGCUGGUAUCGAGACCGAACGUGGCUCUCUCAAGGCAUCUGGUGCCGACACCGUCCUUGCAUCUUUGUAG